GAUUCCGCCCAUCGUGGAGAAGAGACUGUAGGUCAUUUUUAAGAGGAGAUCUGCGGCUUGCUCCUCCGCCUCGGCUCUUCGCGCCCUCGGCCGGCAGUCUCGAGGCGAGGCGAGCAGUGGAGAAGAGCCCGCGGCGGCAGCGGCAGCAGCAGCUCACGAGUGUUGGGAAGCUGUUGGGGGUGGGGGGGGGAGAGACGCUGUCUCUGAGCCGGUGGGGCGGCUCGCCGCAGCCCCAGCGCCUUCUACAAUCCGCGAUAGAGAGACGGGUGUUACAAUAGGUCGCAAUUAGACGCGGGGGGGGAGAGAGAGAGACACACACGAGUGGGGCAGCAGCAGCAGCAGGAGUAGUAGUAAUAUUAACUCGCUCUCCUCCUCAUCUCUGGAAGUCGAUGUGUGCGGGCUGACGAGGUCUGGCGGCAGGGUCCGUGCCGCGUGGACGAAGAGGAGGGGGGGGGGGCGGCGUGACGAGCUCAUAAUCCUAUUGGCGAUUACAGUAAUAGGGCCGGAGAGCGGCAAGUGGAGCUCUCGGGCUGCUGCUGUUGGGGGUCAGGAUUGGGGGGCGUGGGGGGCUGCCUCGUGGCCUCACGACAUCGGGGCUCUGCUCGUCACUUCCAUUAGGGUCCAACUUUGGGGUCGGGAGCGCUGCGAGGAGAUACGCAAGAGGAUUCGUGUUGUAGUCGGGGGAGAUAAGCAGAGCGCGUACGAAUAUCUUUGUUUUAAAGAGAGGCAUCCAAAGUAAGCCGUGUUUCACUUAGACGAGGAUAGGAGAUCAUUAUCGGUAGCUAAUCGCCUGGCGAGAGAGGGGUAGUGUGGAUGAAAUAGAUAAUCAGAGAGCAGGGGGAGAUCCAGAGAAGCAAAGGACGAGGUGGAGGGGGAGGCAGCGUGAAGGAACACCACCAGCACCGUGCUACAGCUGACGGGGUCUAGCAGGAGGUCUGACAUCAGGAGAUCUAACAGGGGGUCUAACAGGAGAUACAUCAGGAGGUCUAACAGGAGAUACACCAGGAGAUACAUCGCACACAGGGGUGGAGGUGGGGACGAGGAGACAGACAGGGAGACAGAGAGGGGGACACACACACAGGGACAGAGACACGGACAGGGAGACAGAGAGAGACACAGACAGAGAGACACACAGAGACAGACAGCGAGAGACAGACACAGAGACACAGACACACAGAGACACAUAGACACACACAGAGACAGACAGCGAGAGACAGACACAGAGACACACAGACAGACACAGAGACACACAGACAGAGACACACAGAGACACAGAGACACAGACACACAGACAGAGACACAGACACAGAGACACACAGGGGGGGUAGUGUGGGGAUGUGGCCUCCCCAGCAGCACACGUCGUGAGGCGCAGACCGAGAGGCGCGGGGCGAGUCGGGGCUGAAGGCGGCGGCAGAACAAUAACCAGGCGGAGCAGGAGGGGGGAGAUCGCUCGACACAUUCACCACCACAACGACGACGUCGAGAAGAUAACAACAAGAAUCAUCAUCGUCGUCGUCCGGGUCACACCGAGAGAGGAGGAGGACGAGGAGAAGGAGGACGAGGAGGGGCGAUGAGUGGACGGCCCCGCACCUCGUCUUUCGCCGAAGGCCCGAACCGGGCCGCGCAGCCAUCGCUCUUCGGGAACCUCAAAGUCAGCCGGGAUAAAGACGGCGGCAAGGUGACGACCGUCGUGGCGACACCGGGCCAGGGGCCCGAGCGGCCCCAGGAGGUCUCCUACACCGACACGAAGGUGAUCGGCAAUGGCUCCUUCGGGGUCGUGUACCAGGCCAAGCUGUGCGACAGCGGGGAGAUGGUGGCCAUCAAGAAGGUGCUGCAGGACAAGAGGUUCAAGAAUCGUGAACUUCAGAUCAUGAGGAAGUUGGAACACUGCAACAUUGUGCGUCUGCGAUUUUUCUACUACUCGAGUGGGGAAAAGAAGGAUGAGGUCUACCUAAACUUGGUGCUGGACUUUGUUCCCGAAACUGUUUACCGAGUCUCUCGUCACUACAGCAAGGCCAAGCAGACCAUUCCCAUCAUCUACGUCAAGUUGUACAUGUAUCAACUCUUCCGGAGUCUGGCUUACAUCCACUCGCACGGAAUUUGCCACCGCGACAUCAAGCCCCAGAACCUCCUGCUCGACCCGGAGACGGCCGUGCUGAAGCUUUGCGACUUUGGCAGUGCCAAGCAGCUGAUCCGCGGGGAGCCCAACGUGUCGUACAUCUGCUCGCGCUACUACCGCGCGCCCGAGCUCAUCUUCGGCGCCACCGACUACACGUCCAGCAUCGACGUGUGGUCGGCAGGCUGCGUCCUCGCCGAGCUGCUGCUGGGACAGCCCAUCUUCCCCGGGGACAGCGGAGUCGACCAGCUGGUGGAGAUCAUCAAGGUGCUGGGGACGCCCACAAGAGAACAGAUUCGCGAGAUGAACCCCAACUACACAGAGUUCAAGUUCCCCCAAAUCAAAGCUCACCCAUGGACCAAGGUGUUCCGGGCGCGCACGCCGCAGGACGCGGUGGCGCUGUGCAGCCGCCUGCUGGAGUACACGCCCUCGUCGCGCCUCUCCCCGCUCGAGGCGUGCGCCCACGCCUUCUUCGACGAGCUGCGCGACCCCACCAUGCGCCUGCCCAGCUCCCGCGAGCUCCCGGCGCUCUUCAACUUCACCCCGCAUGAGCUGUCCAUCAACCCGGCUCUCAACGCGACGCUGAUCCCCCCCCACGCCCGCUGCCAGGCCGUCCCCACAGCUGCCGCUUCCGAAAGCAGCGCAGUCGGAGGCAGCAGCCAAGCGAGUACUGGAGGCGCAGCAGCCUCUCUCCCCAAUGCUUCCUGAGCGCACACGCACACAUACACGCACACACGCGCGCGCACACACGCAGCACACGUGUACGCACAAAGACAGACACACACACACACGUGUACGCACUCAAUCCCAGCCCUUAACCAAUCCUUCCGUAUUGCUCGGUCCGUUCAAUGUCGUAGCGUGAAGGGGGGUGUGGUUGUGGGAGGCCAUGAUUAGCCGGGCGGUGGGUGGAGGUCGACCCGAGGGUGGUGGGGAGGAGUGUGGGGGGGGGCGGGGUGCACGGCGCGAGGUGGGAGGUGUAGGCUUGUUGAUAUGCCGCCGGCGUUUGCGAAGGGGCCUCCAUUGUCCACCGCCACCCUCCGCUCGCACACCGCUCCUCCCCACGCUCGCACACCGCUCCUCCCCACGCUCGCACACACACACACACCUGGGACGCCCCGCUCCCUUCCCUCUCCCUGUGAGCGUGUGUGCGAGCGAGCCGGCGGUGCGGUCGUCAUGUAAAGGCGGCGGUGGGGUGGGGGGGGGCGUUGUCACGCGUAGUCGGUCGGAGUGAGACGAGCGCUUUGCUUACCACAUGUUGUUCAGUUGUUAACCCAACAGCGGUGAGCAAAGUUUUAUUGACGGCGUCGUCCUUGUCUAUCAUAAUAAUUAUCGUUACCGUUAUUAAUUAUAUUUUACCGUUAUUAUUCCCCCCCCCCCUUCCCGCCCGUUGUUCCGUGCGAGACACAAAAAAACGAAAGAGCAAAAAGGUGCACAGAUAGAUCUCGGCUCCCCGAGGAGGAGGAGGAGGGAGGGAGGGAGACGCAGGUUUCUCUGCGUUCGGCCGUCGGGCUCAGCUCCGCACGACGGCAGCAACGGAGCGGCGAGUCGCGUGCGUGUGGGUGGGUGGGUGCGUGUGUGUGCGUGUGGGUAUGUGCGUGUGUGUGUGCAUGCGUAUGCGUGCGUGUGGGUGCGUGUGGGUAUGUGCGUCGGUGCGUGCGUGUGGGUAUGUGCGUGUGUGGGUGCGUGCCUGUGGGUGCGUGUGGGUAUGUGCGUGUGUGCGUGCGUGUGGGUAUGUGCGUGGGUGCGUGCGUGUCUGACGAUGUGGGUCUGUGUGGCGGGCGGACAGGACGGAGGGGGAGGGUGGGAGGCAGGCCGUGUCCAUGCAUUGGGGUACGUCACUUUCAAGGUGCGUGUCGGAGUGCGUGUCGGAGUGCGUUGUCAGCCUGCGUGUGUUGUCAGCCUGCGUGUGUUGUCAGCCUGCGUGUGUUGUCAGCCUGCGUGUGUUGUCAGCCUGCGUGUUGGAGUGUGACUGUCCCGUGUGUUUGUGUCACUUUCAAGGUGUGUGUCGGAUGUGUGUGUGUGCACGCGUGGGGAGCGGUGAGUGUAUUGGUAUGUCACCGUGAUGGAGUUCGUGGUGGUCCGUGUGUCUCGGGGUAUUGGUGUCGGCGUUUGUCUUUAAGUUGCAUCGGUGUGUGUGUGGAGCGGUGGUGCGGUGGUUCACGCUACGAACCCGGCGACCCGAGUUAGAUUCCCGGCCACAGCCAAACAUCAGUGGGCGAGUGUUAUCUCAACUGGCCUCGUUGUUUAAAACCUAUCGGCACUGGGGAGACGAAGGCUGCCUGCCGGGUGUGGUGCUGGCCACACCACCCAGUCGUGCCCUGUGCCGGCCUUAACAGGUGCUUGCUAACAGCACUUGCCUCAACAGCCGGUGUAGGCUGCACAGGGGAUCUUUGUAUUUGUUAAGAGAGCGUGUAUCUGCACGGGGUGAGUGUGUGGUAAGAAUGUGUGCGAUUGAUGGAGUGUGUAUCCGUGUUGGACCAUGUGUGUCAGCGCGUGUAUAUCACGGUGUGUGUGUGUCUGGGUGUGUGCGCGCGAGUGUUGAGGUUUCGGUGUUAGUCCACUUAACUGCAGCCACGCGGCCACGCGUGAGUUUUAAACCGUUGCACGUAUGUCUCUCUUUACAGAGACGACAAAACGCGCACGAACACAACGCGCACGUACAAACGCGCACGUACACGCACACACUAUUUAAAGCUACCCCACGUACACACACACACGCAGACUGGGUGCUAUAGUCCGGUAAAAACCCCACACGAGUUCCAUUCACCUGGACACCGCAGAUGAGUUUAGCAGGUCAAGGGCGUGUGGCUGGCGGUGUGGGGGGCGGUGUGGGGGGCGGUGUGGGGGGCGGUGUGGGCAGGGUGGUUGGAUCGGCGUCGGGGGGGGGGGGGGCGACGUGCUCCGCUGUGCCCACGGGCGCCAGGCACGAUCCCGGCGUUGUUCCUUUUUGGCUUUUUAACCGGGGGUCAGACGGCGCGCUGGGUGGGUGGAGUGGGUGGGUGGAGUGGGUGGAGUGGGUGGGUGGGAGACGUUCUGGGCGGACGACGCCGCCAGGCAUGCGCCCCCCCCCCCCGCCCGCCUCCCUUUCCUCUCCCCCCGCCGGUAGAGCCGCCGCCGCCGCCGUGUCUCCGUUAGUGUCUCUGUUUUUAAAUUUCAGGUCUCGUCAAAAUAUGUUUUGGUGGCGUGUGAAACGGGUGGGGGGGGGGGGAGGAGGGGUUGUUUAAAAACGAUCGCAGUUAGAAGGAAGGGAUGCACGUAAAAAGCUACGGUGUAAUAUCGCUCGCACACACGCGCAGACACACACGCGCAGACACACACACGCAGACACACGCGCAGACACACGCGCAGACACAUGCGCAGACACACACGCGCACAGGACCUGCCCCUCACCUCGCAGUCCGUUUUAGUUUGUACAGGUUUUAGUAGUAUUAUUAUUGGUAUUGUUAUUAUUGCUUUUAUAAUCUGUAAGUUUGAGGGACUUAGAGAGUUAAAGUAAGUAUACAAUUUACGAAUGUGUGUGUGUACGUGCGUGUAUUUGUGUUGUGUGUGUGUGUAUACGAAUACUGUCGUGUGUGCUUAUUCUGUAUAUGACUCGUGUGUGCGCGUGCGUGCGUCUGUGUGUAUAUGAAUAGGCUGUGUGUACAAGUGUAUGAGUUAAGCAUUAGGCCUAUGUGUGUGAAUGCAUACGUAUGAAUGUGGAUAUGGUAGCGUCCUAUUAUGAAAUAAGUUUGUAAUUUACAGCACGUGGAAGCUUAUGUAACGUGUGCGUGUGUGGGGAUGUUAAUGUGAACGCAUGAACAAACCGUGGAGAAGUAUGGUCAAAUUAUUCCCAUCACGACGACCCGCACGGCUCUCGGGUGGCGGGGGGGGCCCUCAUCCAGCAGUGGAUCGGCUCGAGGGACGCACGCGUGUGAACUCGUACGCUGGAAGUAAUGAACGCGACGUGUACGGACUGUGCGUGUGCGCGUGGCAUUGCGCGCGAGUUCGCGUUGGUCAAGGUUCGCCCUCUGCUGGACAGCUCGACAAGCGAGAGGGCCCCCCCCCCUUGCUGGAGGGGAAUUAUUUGUCCUGUUCUUUCACGCUGGCCAGCGACGCCUUGGAAGAGGUGGAAGUUGCCCACAUUUUGCCCCACCGCACCAAGGACCCUGCGGAUCGAUUGGACGCAGCGAGUUCGCGUGCGAACGGUGGCCAUCGCGGCCGUCGCGUGCGCGCCCGCGAGCCGCGUGCGUUCACGAGCGGCGCGGGGAGAGCGGCGGCGCAGCGGUCGCCGCGCCUCGCAGCGUCACACAAACACCCCGGCGACCCGAUUUCGAUCUGCCGCUCGCGACCGAUCACGGCGGCAGCGGCGGCGCGGAUAUUUAUUGCAGCGGUUUCCGAGGCCAUCACCUCGGUCGACUUUGCCUUAUAAACGACACGAGUACCCGGUGUUGCGUAAAAAUAAAAAGCAAACCCAUCGUAGCCGGGGGAGACAAAGGCGGCCGGGGCGUGGCGCCGGCCACAACCGCACCCCCACCGCCGCCCCCUCGCUGGGACGCCGCUGCGGCCUUCACAGGGUGGCGCUCGCGGCACUUAGGGGGGCGGCUGUCGUAUCGCGGCGACGCCGUGGGGAGGUGCGAGGUGGCCGUGGCGCUGCGUGCGUGUGGUCUGUGUGGCUGGGCUAGGAUGUACGUGCAUGUGAGUCAACAGUUACCCCCUGACCUUCGUCCCCCACGCGAGCAUUUAAGGAAAAGUACAUUAAUUCCAAUCAACUCCCACCUUCUCGGUUCAAACGCAGGUGUCGCACACACGACACUUUGUUGUACAUAAAUUCUGUAUGUGCAAGCUUCAAUUUUUGUAGUUAUAAGUUUUAUUUCUUCACGUGUUUGGCUGUCAGCUGCUAUUAAUCCAUUUCUCUCCGUAACUCUUAAUAUAUCUUCUUGAAAGCCCCUGCCCCUUCCCCUGUACAUUCUUUUAAAGUUACGAGCGCUUCCCGGCGUAGAGGGGUUCCGCGCUCGUGCUGUGCGAUUGUCCCGACGUUUCGCGCCGCGCCGCAGCGAGGGAGAGAGCUGCUGCGUCUCCACCUCCGAACGCCGGCAGCGGCAGCGGCAGCACGCGCCGGGCAACUCGACAGUUUAGUUCCUGACGAAGGCUUCCAGCCGCGUGGUGCGAAACGUCGGACGUCGUGCCGUACCGGGGCGCGCGCGCGGCACGACCCGGAGGGCGCAUUGGGAGAGGGUCGAGCGACUCCGGUUUGUUUGGGUUCGGAGACUGUUUGGAGCUUCCUAGACCUCGGUUGGGUAGUAAUGGCACACAGCGCGAUGUGGAACAAGACCCAGACCGGUUUAGUUCACCGGGCAGUUGGUGUUGCCAAUUUGAAACCACGGCGGCGGUGGUGGCGGCGAUGGCUCGUAAAUUCGAGGGCGUAUAGCCGGCACCGCCGAGGUGUGGGGCCUGGGUUCGCACCCAGGUUCCGGCCACCCGUGAUUGAAACCGGGUUCUCGAGCGGAGCGAGUCGAUGGUUGCAGCCCGGUCGCCGAUGACUGCACAAUAAAACCCCGUCACAUUA